AUGCUUCAUCAAUUUUCUUUUUCUCUAUCUAUAUUUUACUUUAUUCUGACUCUUCUUUUGAUUUAUCUAUUACUUUUUUAUUCGUUCUCUUUGUUUUCUUUCUUCUUUUCUUCCUUUAUAUUUUCUUUUUUUUAUUUUCCUUUCCUUUUUUCGUAUCAUUCUUUUUCACUUCGUAAACUUCUUCGUUCGUUCCUUUUUUUCUACAUUUAUCUAUCUCUUUGUUCUUUCGUUUUCCUAUUUUCCGUCGUCCAUUUUCUUUUUUGUACUCUCUUCUUUUCUUUUUUUCUCUUUUUAUUUUUUACCCACUUUUUCUUUCUAUUUUCGACAUCCAUUUUUCAUUCUUCGUAUCUUUCUUUUUCUAUUCUUUUGAUUUCUCUUUCUUUAUUGCUGUUCUCUUUUCUACUUUUAUUUUUUUUACGUUUCCUUCAUUUUCUUUUUUUUAAUUUACUUCCUUUUUUUUCAUUUGUUGCCGCUUUCUUCCUUUUUUUUCCUUUCCUCGUCUCUCACUCUUAUUACUUUUCUUUCUUUCUAUUCAUAUUUAUUUAUUUUCAUAAUUUUUUGCUCCUUCUUAUUCUUCCUCUCUUUUUAAUUCUUUUUACUGUAUUAGUCUUUAUUUUUUGUUUCAUCCAAAAUUUUUCCUUGUUUUUUUUCGUUCUUUUCCUUUUUAUCAUUUUUUUCGAUUUUAUUCAUUCAAUUUCUUUUCUUAGUCUUCACUUUCUUUACAUCUUUCCAGUGUUUUCUUUCUUUACGUUUACCCAAUUUUGUAUUUAUAUUUCACUUUUCUCUUUCUCUUUUACUGUCCCGCUUUUUUAUGUUGCUAUUUGCUUACUUUUUUCUUUUAUCCUUGCUUUCAAUUUUUAUUUAUUUCUGUUCUUAGCGCGUUUAUUUACGUCACUCUUCCUCUCUCUCUCUUCCUCUCUCUCUCUCUCUCUGUCUCUCGAGAAUAUGUACCUUAAUUAUUCUCUCUCUCUUUCUCCCUGUACCUCUCUCUCUCUCUCUCUCUCUCUCUCUCUCUCUCUCUCUCUCUCUUUUAUGCAUGUGUUAUUUUCCGUAAGGAUAUUCUUCUUUCAUGCGCCGUGCCCAUUCGGGACGUGGGCGUUCUUUGUAGCUCUUAGCGGUGUUUCUUUUCCUCUAGCUACGAAAGCGAUAUAA